ACUAAAUACAAUUUUUGUUUAAGGUGAAGGUGAUGGCAAUGGAGUGGAGACCUAGAACAAAAAAAACACCUGGAAAAUACCAUAAGAUAAUGCUGGAAGAAGAGCCUCCUAAAUUUUUAAUGAAACCAUUGGAUGGUUAUGAUGAUAUAAUAGAGAAAGCCAAAGAAAUGUUUUGGAAAGAUGACAAAAGAAAUGAAGCUCAGUACACACUGUGCAAUGCGGAUGGAUCAAGAUGGCCCAAAUCAGAUUUUGAGAAGGAGUAUUUCUCAUUAAAUGAAAUUCCAGAUAUAUGGAAGAAAACAUUAUAUGUUGGUCGUAGAGAUUUAGAUGAUGUGAUAUGUGUUGGACAGCUUUCUUUGGCAUCUAAAAGUGAAAACUUAACACAAACAAAAUCCAUGUUAAUGGAGAAUGCAGCAAUGGAUAAUCCAAUUUUGCAGGAAACCUCAGGCCAUUUGAAGAAAAGUUCCACCAGUUGUAAGAGAAAACCAACAAUGGACAAAUUACAAGCACAACUUUCAGGAAGCUUUUCCUUUGAGCUGAUGGUGUCAUCUAGUAAAAAACAUUGUUCACUGGCAAUUGCUGAAAAUAUGGAAGAUGGUUCAUUAAAGUCUGAUGUUCAAACACCUCCUCAUUAUGCAAUUCCUCCAGUGUACAUGCCACGAGUUCCAUAUGUUGAUGAUGGACAAAUCAAAUUCAAUCCUGAUUUGGCUGUGGGGUCAGGGUCGUUUGGAACGGUGUACUUUGGUUCAUAUCAGGGAACACCAGCAGCAGUAAAGAAGAUUCCUGUUGAUGACAGUAAUGACUUUUUGCAUGAGAUCCUUGUUUGUUUAUUGAAGGCAGCAGCAAAAAGGCCUAUCUUACCGACUGGGGUUUAGCCAAUGUUCGCGACUCAGUUUCGCUAAGGCAGGGGAGCAAAAUAUCUGGCCUUUUAAGUGGACCUCUUGGUGGUACUGCUAUUUACACAGCUCCUGAAUGUCUGCUAACCUUUCAACCUUGUUCUGUACAUUCAGACAUAUGGUCCAUCGGCAUAACAUUUUUAGAGCUGUACACAAACACUGUACCAUGGUCUGUAAAGACCUGUAAAGAGCUGUGCCAGUUAAUGUCAACAGAGGCAGCUCCAAAUGCUUUAAACAAAUUUGAUUCAUUGUGCACACAAUUAAUAUGUACAUGUUUAAAAUAUACACCAUCGGAAAGAAUUUCGGCCUCAAACCUAGUUCUUCUGUUAAAAUCAUUGGACAACACUGAUUUAAAAAAACAUUACGGAUACCAUUGGUAAUUACAAAAUGCAAUAUUUUAGAUGAUGACCUUUGUUUUAUUCAUCACCAAGAGGAAAGUAAAAUGUUUAGUUUUUCCUGUCAUUAAAAUGUAUUGUUACAUUAUAUACUGUAUACAGGAAAAAAGUGCAUACAAUUAUAUUGAUUAUGUUGUUGUUCUUGAUGUUAUGACUAUAGAAUUCUGAUGCAAAUAAAUAAUUUCUCUCCCAGAGAAGCAAAAACAGCCAUCUAAGUUGUACUCAACAAAUUCAUAAAUGGUGCUUGAUUCUCCUGCCACAAGGAACUCUAAUAUCAGUGCAAGUUCAUAAAAUUAAUGGACUGAUAAUGGUUAAACAUAGAUUAUGGAAGGAUACUAAAGGUUCUAUAUAAAUAUCCUCUGGGUUAUUUUAAAUUGUUAUAAUGGACCUUUCUAUGUGUAAAGGCUCAAAAAAGUAUGAUUAAACCAAUUUAUUUUCACAACAACAAAAUUUAUUUAGUAUGAGAAGAAUUGAUGAUUUUUUCAUAUAUUUCAAAAGCCUGUACAAAGUUAUCUGGCUCAAU